GGACACAUUGACAUUUACCUAUUGAUGUAAAUUUUUAUUAUUAUUUUAUUACAUUAGUGUACCUAGGUGCCUUACCAGCCAGUCUCUUUGUAAUAUAAGUACCUAUAUUAUUCAAAAUAACCCUAGUUAUUAUGUACCUUCAUUAUUCAUUGUUUCCUUAUUGAAUAUUUCUAUUUAGAAAUGUCUUCUGAAAGCUUUGGUAUUUUAAGUGAUAUUUCUUCAUACUUUCGUCCGUUUAUUCAAAAUGUAUUGCAAGAGCUAAAACUCGGCCUUUGCAAAACAAAAGUGGACUUAGAAAAAAUUCCUGGCGGAUUCGACGGCGCCGAUACUCAGUUUCGCUUGGUACUACCUUAUUGUUCUAAGAAACUUAAAUGGGAAGUUAUAUUUGAUGCAGCUACACCAUGGUUCGCUCCAGACUUCAGAUUUGAUGAUGAAAGUUUUCUGAGCAGUGUUGAUGAAGAUUUAUUGGAAGAAAAGUUAGGGAGUCUUGCUAAAUGGAAUGAAAAUGACCCAGAAGCUCUAAGUAAAGUUAUAUCUGAGCUUGUAACUUUAUAUAGAAACCAUCAGAUAAAAAAAUUAAGUGAGGAUGAGAGUUCCCGGGCUUAUUUUGAGUACACUGCAUUGCUUGGUGAUGCCCUGACAUCUGAAAGUGAUAUAGAGGUCUGGGUUGGUGGUCAUGUUGUUGAAUUCCUGAUCAAACUCAACAUAGAUGUCACAAGGCUGCCAGAAUUGUAUAAUGAUGGGAUUGAUGAAAACCCAGGGAUUGAUACAGCCCUGUUACUGGUCAGGUACCCCAACUCUACAAAUGCAGAAUUAAUAUUAUCUCCUCUUCUUACAAAAUCACUUGGAAACAUUACUUUACCACUAAUGCAUCAGUCAGGUGUUCUGAUGGAUUAUGUCCCUAUGGUCACAGAGUUACUCAAUAAUAAGAUCCAUGACAUCUUGAAGGCUGAAAAAUUCAAGCGGGAGCUGUUGGUGCAGUUUAUUGUGAAGUAUGAAGGAGCUGUUUUAGAGCAUGAUUCAAAUUGUGCUGCAUUUCUUUUCGAGACACAUAAUUUUCAUUGGAUUUUACAUAUUGAAGUUGGUGAGAACUUUCCUGAAAACCUCCCUGUAUUGACUUUGAGAUCAGUAUACCAUUGUGACAAAGGAAAGCCCAAAUCGAAAAUACUUCCAAGCUGUCCAUACAACUCCUUUGAAGAAUACAUAUCUCAACAAGUGGAGAUUUUUAAAAAUGAAUGCAUAGGAACACCAGCUACCAACCAACUUGUUAACAUAGACAAUUGAUUUUGGUUUACUACAUAACCUUUACGUAAGCACUUUAAAUAAGAAAUAAAAGUAUAUUUGACA